GUUUAUUAAAAUUUAAAAAAUCAAAUUACAAAAAAAGGAAGAAAAAAAAAACAGAAAAACAAAAAGCGCCAAAUGAAAAUGGCAAACAUUCAACAGACUAAACUAGACAAUUACUUCUAUUCGCCUCUGUUCUUCUCCAAAACCCAAAUUUUUUCUGUGCAAAAGCCGCCGAGCCUUCUUCCAUGGUAAUGGCGAUCACCAAAUCAAAGCUUCGAUUUGGCAGUACCUUUACACUUUUGAAAACCCUUUUUUCUUCUCAACAUUCAUUUUCAGAGUUAGCUUCACCUUCUUCAACAUUUGACCACCAAUCCGAUGUUGUAGAAGACGACGACAACGACGACAUUGGCGCCUCCCACAAGCUCGCCGCCGCUGUAAGUUUAUCCCCGGCUGAAUCUUUAAUCGUCGAUAAGCUUCACUCUGUAAUCAAAGAUCACCACCGCAAAAACCCUACCUUAAACCCUAAUCCCAGUGACCCCGACGCCGCCCCUGUAAACCCUACCCUUUCUCUCCCAACUCUAUCCUUAAACUUCUCCCAAAUCUGUAAUCCUGCAUCCAUAUCACCCGCCGUUAUCGGCCGUGUGGUUGAGAGAUGCGCCGCCCCUCGGCACGGUAUUCCAUUCGCGCAAACCCUGACCUUGUUCAAUUGGGCUCUUUUGCAUUACCAAACCACGAUCCCUCAUGAGGUUUAUGUAGAAAUGAUCGAUGUUGCUGGCAAAGUACGGCAGUUCAACGUUGCUUGGCAUUUGAUUGAUUCAAUGAGGGGGAAUCAUAUCGAAAUCCCAACUGAAAUGUUUAUCGUUUUAAUUCGACGUUAUAUUAGAGCUGGAUUGGUUGAGCAAGCUGUGCAUACUUUUAGUAGAAUGGAGGAAUAUGGCUGCAAGCCUGAUAAAAUGGCGUUUUCGAAGGUGAUUAGUAUUUUAUGUAAGAAACGGAGGGCUGUUGAAGCUCAGUCUUUGUUUGAUAGCAUGAAGGACAAGUUUGAGCCUGAUGUGGUUGUUUGUACUAGCUUGGUUCAUGGUUGGUGUAGGGCUGGUAAUAUAUCAGAGGCUGAGAGGGCUUUUGGAGAAAUGAAGAAUGCUGGGAUCCAACCCAAUGUGUAUACAUAUAGUAUUGUCAUUGAUGCUUUGUGCAGGUGCGGACAAAUUACCCGUGCUCAUGAUGUUUUUGCAGAGAUGAUUGACUCUGGGUGUGAGCCAAAUGCAAUUACUUACAAUAAUCUGAUGCGAGUACAUGUAAAGGCAGGGAGGACAGAGAAGGUAUUGCAAGUUUAUAAUCAAAUGAAGAGGCUUUCUUGUGUGCCUGAUGUGAUAACAUAUAAUUUCUUGAUCGAGACCCAUUGCAAGGAUGAAAACCGUGAGAAUGCAAUUAAAGUUUUGAACUCCAUGGUUCAUAAAGGGUGUGAACCAAACGCUCAUAGUUUUAACCCAAUUUUUAGGUGCAUUGCUAAGUCCAGAGAUGUAAACGCUGCUCAUCGAUUGUAUUCCAGGAUGAAGGAGUUGAAUUGUGAGCCUAACACUGUGACAUACAACAUAUUGUUGCAGAUGUUUACUGGUUCAAAAUCAACAGACAUGGUUAUCAAGCUUAAGAAGGAGAUGGAUGAGAAAUAUGUUGAGCCUAAUGUGAAUACUUACCAGACUCUGAUUUCAAUGUACUGUAAAAUGGGUCACUGGAAUAACGCUUACAAGUAUUUUAAAGAGAUGAUUGAGGAGAAGUGUUUGAAACCUAGCCAGCAACUUUAUGAUUCAGUUCUGCAACAGCUGAGGAAGUCUGGGCAGAUGAAGUUACACGAGGAAUUGGCGCAGAAAAUGGUUGAUAGGGGAUUCGCGACGCGUCCUCUGUAGAAGUUUAGUUGAACUUGCUUGGCUGGAUAUCCGUGCCAUUGAUCUUGUUCCAAUCCUUUGGAGAAGCAACCAAAUGCUUCAGUUCAGUUACUCGAGGUCGUUCUACCUGUAAAAGUUCUGCAGCCGCAGCAGCUGCAAAAUCAUUCAUCCCUAGUUUCUAAUCGAUUUUAUGCUGGACAAGUCAGGUCUGAUGCUUGAAAUGCCUCUCAAGCUGGAAGUUUCUGGUCCUGAGCUCAGCUAGUGAGAAUCUCACCAACUCUACAUUUAAUGAUUGAUCGAAUCCAACUAACAAUAGCGAAUGUAGAUUGCUAAACAACCAAUUUUCUAAUCUCCUUCAACUCCGGUUGCUGGGAUGAGCAAUAUUGUUCUGAAGGAUUCACUCUUGAUAGGAAGGCAUUCUUUAUCUCUGACACCUAGACAAAAAGCAGGGAAUAAUCUCCUUCAUGCUCCAAAAGAGCUCACUCAGUGCGUUCCUCAUAGAUUCGAGUUCCUCGAUUUUGAACCCUCACAGACAUAAGCCUGACGAAAUUGGUGAAAAUCUGAAACUGCUCCAUCCCUGGAGCAGAUUGUAAUGGGCAAUGAGUUGCUUUGAACCAGAGGACCACUGGAGCAGAUUUCAGCGUUCGGUUUGCUUUGUUGGAUGGAUUCUGUAUGCUUGGUUUAAGUUUAAGAUCUUUUGUAGUGAUGUUUGAACUAUUAAUAUACUUGACUUAAAGUUUGUUUCCUUCAACCAUGAGAUCUAUUGACUACUUAUAAUAACCAGCUUUUGCUUGUCCUUUCAAAAAAAUCGAUUUGGUACUCCUAAUCCUUUUUCAUUUUUUUUGAAAAUAAACUUCUAGGCUUUGGUUGCUAACUUAAUUGUGCGAAUGAGAAAAAGUAACUUGUUCUCCACUUCUUUGUGAAGUACUUGCAUUUUAAUUUCUUUACUUCUUUGGGGCUUUAAAUGACAACUAUUUUGUCUUUUGUAUGCAAAUUUUGCCAUUUGAACUUUGAGCCCUAAUGUCAUAUAACUGUCCAAUUCUAUCCUAGGAAUGAGCUUGUAUCUAGCAAGGUUAGAAAUAUUUGCUUGUUAUUUCCUGUUGAUAGUUGACAAACGAUUUGCCCUUCUUUUAGGUUAUGAAAUUUC